UUCCCCUCGAUACUGUUGUUGCCCUCUUCCCUCCCUCUCUCUAGAUAUAUAUAUUUAUUCCCUUUCUCAGAUAUAGAGAGAGAGAGAGAGUGUGUUUUGAUGGACCCGUAAGAGAUCUGCAGCCUCACUAUAUCUCUUUAACUACUGAAAAGCAUGAAUUAUAUUACACCCACCUUCAAUUUCCAGCCAGGUGAUGAGCUGUGCUUCAACAUCCCUGCAUUCCCCAACCCCGCCAUCACCCACCACGUAAUCCACGACAUGCUCGUUGAACCGAUGGUUGUCGAGGACGAAUACAUAAUUCCUAUCACACAGCCCGAGAAGACAGCCGCACCGGCCGCCACCCACGAUGGAGAUGAGAAGAACCACAGAAGCAGCAAGAAGAAGAUCACGCACCGAGACGUCGAGAGGCAGCGCAGGCAUGAGAUGGCGAUGCUCUACGCCGCGCUGCGUUCACAGCUCCCCACCGAAUAUCUUAAGGGAAAGAGAUCAAUCUCCGAUCACAUGAAUGAGGCCGCCAAAUACAUAAAGCACCAGCAAGAGAAGAUCCGACGGCUGACGGAGAGGCGAGAUUCCCUCAGAAGGGCCAUCCCUUCCUCCCCAUCAAAUUCAACUUCUUCCCGUAUGGAAGGAAGCUUGCCCUCCCUUCAUGUGACAGUCCAGCCAUGUUUUGGUGGAGUGGAGGUAGUCAUCAGCAGUGGACCAGAAGACGAAGUCCCUCUAUCGAGGCUGAUCGCAGCGUUGGUUGGAGAAGGGCUCGAUGUGGUUAGCUUGGUUUCAUCGAAGAUAGGUGAGAAGCCGGUUUGUGCUCUUCAAUGCGAGGUGGGCGGUCUCAGAGAUGUUGAUUUGUGCAAUCUGCAAGAGAAAUUAGUAGAUGCAAUGCAGUCCUCGGAUUGAAUUUCGAGUUCCCGUAAUAAUGGUGCCAGGUUACUAAUCUGUAAGUGUGCAAAAGUUUGGAAGCAGUGAAUGAGGAAUGGCCAUCAUUGGUGUGCAUCGAAGAUCCCUUUUGAGAUCACUCAGUUUGGAGGUCGAGGGAUUUGGACCUGGAUAAGUGAUCAUCAUCGAGUCCUAUCAUUUCUAGGUUGAUCUUGGUGGUAGUUAGUUGUAAUCAUGGAUCCAUGAUUUGUCUAGCUCUUGUGCAGUUUGAGGUCAUUUUGGAGAUGGAUGGGGUGGAUUUUGUUGGGGUACUAGUGUUAUAAAAAACUGAAUGGAAUGCAAAAACUCCACAUCUUUUGAAACUCUCUUUCUCUCUCUCUCUCUCUCAAUACUAACGGCC